AUGUUCACGUUGGCCAAAAUGGCGUACUACGCUUGUACGAAGGACGAACGACUGAUGUACGACGGACUGAACGCGACCGACGUCGACUUGAAGCCGUGCUGUACGAUAUUGCUGAAAGGCCUGUCGUCGUGCUGCAGAUGGCUGUCGUGGGGCACGGCCAUGCUCGUGUCGCUGUUGGCCGCCAAGUACGGGCACGACCAGUGUCUGUGGCACGCCCGGAAAAACGGGUGCGUGUGGAACGCGUUCACGGCGCGCGUGGCCGCCCGGUACGGACGCAUCGAGUGUCUGCGGCUGGCCCGCGAAGACGGCUGUCCGUGGAACAAGGCGACGUGCUACCAGGCAGCCAGGUAUGGCCACUUGGAUUGUCUGCGGUACGCGCACGAGAACGGCUGUCCGUGGCACGUGUACGCCACGACGGCCGCGGCCACUGGCGGACACCUCGAGUGCCUGCGGUACGCCCACGAGCACGGGUGUCCGUGGAACGAACAGACGACGAGCGCGGCCGCCGGCCACGGCCAUCUAGAGUGCUUGCGGUAUGCUCGCGAGAACGGGUGUCCGUGGAACAAACAGACAACGAGCGCGGCCGCCGGCCACGGCCAUCUAGAGUGCUUGCGGUAUGCUCGCGAGAACGGGUGUCCGUGGAACGAGCGUACCGCAGAGGUGGCCGCCCGACAUGGCCAUUGGCAGUGUCUCGAGUACGCCUUGACCAACGGUUCCGCGGAACUGCCUCAACCGAUGUCCAACGAAACGAAAUCAUCGAUCACGUCUUGA